CUUAAAUAGAAAAAGUUGCUUUUCGGAAAAUCCCGAUAUUCUAUGUCAGGAUACAUUUGAAAAUUAAAGUCAAUACGCGUCCAUUACUAUCUACUCUAAGGUAUUGAUAAAGGUAAUUAAAUUUUAAUUCAUUACACAUUUAAAAGUUGUUGACUUCUAUUACAACAACAAACAUUAAUUAACACUUUCUUGGACAAGUUUAUGAUCAGUCUAAGAGCAACACACUAGUCAUAUAAAAUUUGACAUAUUUUUUUUUUCCAGUCAUAGAGUUCGUUCAAAUAUUGUCCACUGAAAAUUUGAAGAAAAAAUCAACAUGACAACCCCGCUGGUUAAUCCAGGUAUUACAGUGAAACAAAUUAUUAUGUUUAGGAAAAUAGCUAGUCUCAAUUUAUAUUUUGAUAAUAUCAUUUUUUUUUAAAAUAUAUUUUAAAAAAUGUAAUGACAUAGCCUACUCUUUACCUGAACCCUUAAUGACGUUAUAGACGUUGUACAUCAUGCCUACUGUUAUUUUUUACAGUAUUUUAUUAUUGAGUAUCUACCAAAAACUCAUUUUAACACACUUUAUAUUACUUUAAUUUUGUCUCUUUACCGAUGUCUUUCAAUUUUUUUUUUUUUUUCAUCUUUAAAUGGUUUCUAAGUUAUUGAAUUAAAAAUAAUAAUUGUUGAGAUCAAAUAGUGAAAUAUAAAUUGAUUAGGUAAACUAUGUAUUUCGUUUCAGAGGUAAAUCUAUCCGGUGGCAUUGGAAUUCGUCUCGUGCUACCUGAUGGAUACAUUAUUCAAAAAAGAAUAUUUGAAAACUGUACAGCCUUUGAAGUAAGUAGCAAAAUAUAAAAGUAGAAAGCCAUACGGAUUUCGCUUGUGGAUGUGUAAUAUAUUGAAGUGUUAUUUCUUCAAUUUUAAUUUUUAACAGCAAAAUUUGUUGUUUUUUUUUUAAAUGUAUGUGCAGAAAUGCCUUAAAGAAAAAAAAAUCUACUUAUUAAACAUUGGUGGCACUAGUGCUUGCGAAGUGUGAGGAUAGCACAUGGUUACAAUACCACAAGGGUAUAUAAAGUAUAUAUAACGGUUUACACCACAUUUAAAAAUGGAUCAUCUGAUUUAACGCGUACGAGUUUGUUAAUAUUUUAAAUUAAAUACAAGAGCAGGGUAUAAAUUGAAAAAUGUGCUACCGAAAAAGAGCAGGAUGUCACAAGAAUAGGGUUUCACCCGAGCGUCUAUUGCCUGGCUCAGCAAUAUCAAUGGCGCAGCUUAGCUAUGAGACGCAAGGCGUGGGUUAAGAUUAAAUUGCGUCCACUUCAGAAGAACAUAAACUUUAAACUCAGAUUCCAUUCUAAAGUGAUCAGUUAUGUGAAAAUAUCAGAUGGGCAAUUUGAAAUGUGAGAAGAGUUACUGGGAUUUUUACUAUGAAAGGGAAAACACAUGAAUCUAGUACUGAUAUUAUACAAAAAUCUGGAAAGUGAUUGACUACAAAAAAUGAUUAUAUAUAUAUAUAUAUAUAUAUAUAUAUAUAUAUAUAUACUAGCGGAUAUACCCGGUGUGGCCCGGGAUUGCAAUAGGACCCUGAUCCUGGUGGGACCCCGAUCCCAAUUGGACCCUAUUCCCAUUCUGACCCCGAUCCCGGCUCAAUCCCGUUACCAGGUGUGAUCCAGAUGCCGGUGAGAUCCAAUUUUAUUGUGGCUCCGGAUCCAGGGGGAAUCCACAUUUUGGUGGGAACCCGAUUCCGUCGGUAACUCGAAUGCGAUGGGAUCCCGAUCGUGGUGGAUCUUGAUAGGCUACAUAUGGAGUUAGAAUACCAUUCUCUAUGGGAUUCCGGUUCCCCUAGGGACCCUAUUUUCCGAUUUCACCCCGUUUCCCGAUAGGAUCCCGAUCCCGGUUUGAUCCCGUUACCCGAUGGGAUUGCGUUACCGAUGGGUUCCAUUAUAUUAAUGGACAUCGCUCCCCAUUAGGAUCAGUGUGUAUUUGUUCGAAUAAGGAUUUAGAUCACGUUAUAUAACCCCUUAGAACAAUCUAGAACUUUCUGGAAGAUUCUAGAAUUAAUUUAAUAUCCUCAAUGAAAGCUUUAAAAAAAUUACUUUUCUAGGAAAUUAUUUUUCAAAUACGUAAUAUGAUACAACUAAUUUGCAACAGUGUAACUAUAGUGGAUUUAAAUUAAACUUGGAUCCCCGUGAGGGCCCAUUUAAUAUGGCACGUUUUUAGUUAUGUCUGUGAUGGGGGGAGGGGGGAGAGGGGCUAUAAAAGUAAUUUUUUAAAAAUAAUAGCGUUAAAAUUUAAAAGUUUUCCCAUAAAAAUCAGUUUAAAAAUGCCAUAGAUAUAGCCUUUAUAAAGUAUCGAAUGUUCUAGAAAAUUAUAUAUUGGAUGUUAUUUGUUUUAAAUCCGCCGAUAUUUCAAAACAGACAAUAACGUGUAUUGUUAUUUGGUGACAGUUAAGCUUUCUGAUCUGAGUCUAGUAGCAAUUGAAAGUUAUUGGGUGAAUGAUAUUAAUUUUGAUCAAGUCAUUGACUGGUUUGGAGCUUUGGUUUUUGUAUCUUUAAAGACCAGGAAAGUGUUUUUUUUUUAUAAAAGUUAACUCAAAGUCAAAGAACCAUAACUUAAUGGUGUUACAGUACUUAAAUAAAUUUUAUUCCUGACUUUAAUUAAUUUGUUGUUUUUUUUCUUGUCUUUGUUAUACUAUGAACUAAUUUUAACAUGAAGAAAUCCAUCGUGGAAGUCGGGCAAAUGUUGGGUUACAUCAUGAGUUUACCGCACCGUGUGACACCAACCCUAAGUACGCCAAACAAUGAUUUGCAAAGAAGAAAUACUUUAAACAUGUUGCUUUUUAGACGAUAAGAAAGAUAAUGUGCUUUUAACUGUAAAGCUAAAAUAGAUUAUGGUUUCUGCAAACAGCUGAAGAUGGAGCACUUGAAACAAGAGCAGUUAAUGGAAUACCGAGUGGAGUUGAAAUUCUACGAUACCAUCAGAAUCGUGCAAGAUGCCGAGGAGUUUGGCAGAGACAAUCUUAUUAGAUGUGAUGAAGUCAGAAUUGUACAUUCACAGUAAGUUUGUGCUUUAAAGUGGCGCGUUUGAACUUUGAACAUUGACGUUGCCAAAAUUAUAUGUAGUUAACACAACACUGAUCUUUUCAAAGUCACAUGUGUUUGAGGAAACUAUUUAUUUCAGUAAAGACGCUGUGUGUUGCGAGAUUUCUUAAAAUAAAUAAAAAAAGAAAAUUAUAGCCUAAUAUCAUAAUAGUAUCAUUUGCUUCUGCUGCUUACCCAAAAAAAUAUAUAUUUCAUUUGGAACCGUCGUGUGACCUUUGAGAGGCCUCUGCAACGUUUUCGGAAUAAUUUAAACUAGCACAAAAAAUAUACCACAAUCUUUUUCAAAAAAGUAUACUUAGAUUUUUUCAGCGCACUAAAAUUAUGUCAAAAUGUACUAUGAAGUUAAAAUAAAAAUUUAAAAAAGUACAACUUCUAGACAUAAGCCCAAGGAGACGCAUGCCUUAUAUGAGGAUUAUCUUUAAAAAGAUUUUAUUCAAAUGCAGCCAUUGUCAAUACAUGCAUAAAAUUGUUAGUACAGUUUAUUAUUAAUUCAAGCUCAAUAAUAGCAUUUAAAACUUAAAUUAUAAUUGUAUUGAUUUGAUAUUAUACCAUCCCUUUUAAAUUUUGUUGUUUUUCAAAAGACAUUGUUCGUUUGGACUUAAAUUAAAUUCAUCACUGAAACUUAACAUGUGUUUCCGUCCCAAAUGUUUCUUUCUAUUAAGGAAGGAUAACGCAUUGAAAGCUCUGUGUACUGUUAACUUACGACACAUAGCUGGUAUCAAGGAUAUAACUUGUAGUCCAAUGACAAUAACAAAAAGAUGUAAUAAAAAGGGAAAUCAUAUACCCUUUCAAUGUUGGCAAUUAAUUUAAAACAACCAGAAUUGGCAGAUGAUUUAAAAGAAAUAAACAUCGUUUUGUUGUCAAAUACCACUUGUACAAAUGGCUGGUAAAUUAUUAUUCUUUUAAACAAUUACCAAUUCUUUAGCAAUUCGGUACACAUUUUAAUAUCCUAUGAAUCUUUGUAUUCUUUUAUAUAUAAUUGGAGAUUUUCUCAAUUAAUACCCUGCCCUUAAGUUUUACCCUAAUUUGGUUCUGAAGUCAUCGGUACCCAUGAUUACGUCUUUCCGAUAUAAGUGACGUACCGGCACUUUUCCAUAAACAAUGGAAUCUGAGAAUAACUUAAACACUUGAGACGGGGCUAGUGUGGUGCGAUUUGCAGUUUCAGUUGGCGUUAAAAAUGAGUCGGUGACUGGACUGUACGAGUUAGCGCAUAUGCCAAGGUGUCAUCGUUAGUACAAUAUCUGUUAUUUCAUUAUUACUUAACAUUAAAACAAUAUAUAUAUAUAUACAAUUUAUGUUCUUUUAGGGGGUUGGUUUAGCUCACUUAAAGUCCGGCAAGGGCGGUACAAUGCUUCACCACCACCCUGGCUUUAAUGAUGUAUUGCGUUUUAAAAUAUUGACUUUAAAUAAACGGGAGGGAGGGGCAUUCUAACGUUACAAGGGGCCUACAAAAUUUACACUACACGUCUGUUUUAAAGUUAAAUACAUAUUUUAAAAAAAAAUGAGUAAUAAUAUUAAUUUUCUUCCACAUCUGUUUUAAUAAAAAAUAGAGUCGACCGUCUCCACUUCGCGCCUCAACAUUCCCGACUUCAAUAUAUCGCGUUUUUUUUCAAAUAUAAAAUGUAUUCAUUUACAAUUUGAUCUAGAUAUUGAACAUGUUAGAGCGCUUGUAGUUGCCCGAAUAUAUUUGAUUUAUAAAUGAGGAGUCCUAGGUAGCUGAAAUUUAAUCACCGCGAAAAAGUCUGGAACUGAUUAACCGCAAUAAACAUGGGAUGAAUCUUUUUUCCUUAUCAAUAAAAAUCUUGAGGUAAGUAAAUAAUAAACAUUUUUUUUUAUUUCACGUCUAUCCAGAUCUGAAGUGCAACAAGCGCAAGGUAAAGAUCUAUCAACUGCUAUAAAGCUACGUACUGGACAAUCACAAUAGCUUCACCAGAAAAAGCAAAUAUACUUGAGGCGAUAUGUCUUAUUUUAUGUAUAUGUAUCUUUUCAUUAUAUUCGUUGCAUUUUAAUUUAAUAUAUCAUUUAGAAAUACACAUCUACUUACAAACCCAUUUCGAAUUCUCCAUCGAUACACAUUGCUUAAGUUAUUCAGUGAAAAUAAAACUUUUAAUUGUUUAUUUUCAAAUUAUUCUAUUAGGAAAAGUUUUCUUUCCAAUUCUUUAAAUUAAGCAGCCUGCAAGCAAACAACAACAAAAACAUUCCAAUCACAAAAAAAUAACCAAUGUUGAAAAAGUUUCAAUGCUUAAUAUUAUUCCUACUCUUUCAUCCAUUUUAUUUUUAAUAUUUUGUUUGCCAUUUUUAAAAUCUUCAAUGUUAAGAGUUGUUGAAAAAACGAUGGCAUUAUUAUGUUGAAAAGUGCAUUUAAUAUAUUUCAUAAUCUCUGGCUUCUAACACUUCUACAACACCUACAGUUUGUUCUCAUCCAGAUAAAGUAAUUUCGAUGACUAAGUUGGAUAUAUAAGUAAUUAGUAGUAAUUAUUUUGAUUCAUAAAUUAAAUAAAUAAAAACUUUACAAAGUAGCGUUCUAACUGCCUUGAUGUUGUCUUAUACUCAUAUGUGAGACGGGGGCCAUGCCACCGAUGCGGCUUCGGGUUGUUUGUUUUUUGUUGUUUUUUAAUGAAGCUAAAUUUAUUUUUAUAGGUCUAAAAAAUGGCAGCCUUAUAAUGUCAAAGCUGUGGCUCUGCAAACACCAAAUAUUAUAUAAUAAAGAAAUCAAUGGAAAGUGCUUAAUUUAUGGUUCAUCGUUAUUCUUUACACAAAAUGA